AUGGACAAGAUCAAGUGCUGUUCAUCUUCUCCUUCUCCUUCUUACUUUAAACUCCCUCGUCAUCUUCAUCAUCAGGUUCGAGAACAAAUGAAGCACCGCAGAUUUGCAUUUCAAACAAGGAGUCAGGUUGAUAUACUCGAUGAUGGAUAUCGCUGGAGAAAGUAUGGCGAAAAGUCUGUCAAAAACAAUAAAUUUCCUAGAAGCUACUACAGAUGUUCUUAUCGAGGUUGCAACGUGAAGAAACAAAUCCAACGACAUAGCAAAGACGAAGAGAUUGUGGUAACAACCUACGAAGGGACACAUUCUCAUCCUGUGGAAAAGACAAGUGAAAGUUUCGAGCAGAUACUCAGAAACCAUCACAUAUAUAGCCUCACUCUUUAAUUACAGUAUCUCCAAAAAAUGUUGGAAAAUAUUUAGUCGAUAGCAUUUCAAUUUAUUUUCAGUUUUAACUCUUGAAUAUUUUUCAUUCUUUAGACUAAGUUUAAAGAGACAGAGAGGAAAAAA